CCCGCCCCUAGGCCGCCGGGUCCCCACCCGGCCACCGUGCCCGCCCCGCCCCGAUGCGGGUGCGCACGCGCAAUUCCCACCAACCGGAGGCGGAUCUCGCGGAGCAACCGCCGUCGUCGGGCGAAGUAACCUAAGCUGAAAAUCCCAGAGGAAGAAGACAGACAGAGGGAGGAAUGGCUCUUUACCAGGGACAGUUGGCAUUCAAGGAUGUGGCCAUAGAGUUCUCGCAGGAGGAGUGGGAAUGCCUGGACCCCGCUCAGAGGGCCUUGUACAGGGACGUGAUGCUGGAGAACUGCAGGAACCUGCUCUCCCUGGGUGAGGAGAGCUUCCCUCCCGAAAUUGGAAGCCAUUCUGCUGGAUUUCUUAUAAAAGAAUUAUCACCAAGUGAGGACGUUAAUAAAGGAGAAUUAGACCAUCUAGUGAUGUUGGAAAGAAAUGAAAGCCAUAGCAUUAAGGAUUUUGACCUUGAGGAAAUCGUGGAAGACAUAUGUGAGCAUAAGAACGAAUGGGGAUAUGAUGUAAGAAAUUACAAAGGAGUGCCUUUGACUCAUAACAAAAAUCUUACUCAUAGAGUAGAUCGAAAACAUAAUAAAUCCUUGAUUAACUUUCCUCAAAAGCAGAGUAUUUCUAUAAGAAAUAAUACAUACCAAUAUUUCAUGCAUGACAAGACGUUUAUAAGGAAUAUGUUAAAACUGAAAAAUAACAUAAGUGAUGCUGGAAACAAGUAUAUGAAGUGUUUGGAAAACAGAACUGGAUUGAGUUGGCAGGCACACCUGGCUGAACUGCAGAGUUUUCAAACUGAGGAGAAAAUUUAUGAAUGCAGUCAAGUUGAGAAGUCCAUCAACAAUGGUUCCUCAGUUUCACCAUUUCAAAGAAUUCCUCCUAGUGUCAGAAGCAUUUGUAAUAAAUAUAGGAAGAUUUUAAAAUAUUCUGUGUUACCUGCACAAUAUGGAAGAACAAACACUAGAGAAAAGUCUUACAAAUGUAGUGAGUGUGGGAAGGCUUUUAGUAAAAGCUCAAACCUCACAAAUCAUGAAAGAAUUCAUUCUGGACAGAGACCUUACAAAUGUAAUGAGUGUGGCAAAGCUUUCAAUCAGUGCUCAAACUUUAAUAGACAUCAGAGAGUGCAUACAGGAGAGAAACCAUAUAAAUGUAAGGUAUGUGGCAAGGUGUGUAGUCAAAAUUCAAACCUUGCAAGUCAUCAGAGAAUGCAUACUGGAGAGAAACCUUACAAAUGCAGUGAAUGUAGCAAAGCUUUUAACCAGUCUUCAAAACUUAUUCAACAUCAGAGAAUUCAUACUGGUGAGAAACCUUACAAGUGCGAUGCAUGUAGCAAAGCCUUUGCUGAGCGUUCAAGCCUUACUCAGCAUAGGAGAAUCCAUACUGGAGAGAAACCUUACAUAUGUAUUGAGUGUGGCAAAGCUUUCAAGCAGUGCUCACACCUCACUAGACAUCAGAAUAUACAUCCUGGAGAGAAACCACACAAAUGUAAUGUGUGUGGUAAGGCUUUUUUCCAAAGCUCAAGCCUUAUGGAACAUCAGAGAAUUCAUACAGGAGAAAAAUGUUACAAAUGUAAUAAAUGUGAUAAGGCUUUUAUCAAACAUUCACACCUUUGGUGUCAUGAGAGAACUCAUACUGGAGAGAAACCUUACAAAUGUAAUGAGUGUGGCAAAGCCUUUACAGCACAUUCAAAUCUUACUCAACACAAGAAAAUCCAUACUGGAGAGAAACCUUACAAAUGCAGUGAGUGUGGCAAAGCCUUUAAUCAGUGCUCAAACCUUACUAGACAUCAGAGGGUCCAUACAGGAGAGAAACCAUAUAAAUGUGACGUAUGUGGCAAGGUUUGUAGUCAAAAUUCAAACCUUGCAAGUCAUCAGAGAAUGCAUACUGGAGAGAAAUUGUACAAAUGUAAUGAGUGUGGCAAGGUCUUUACAGAGCAUUCAAAUCUUACUCAACAUAAGAAAAUCCAUACUGGAGAGAGACCUUACAAAUGUAAUGAAUGUGGCAAGGCCUUUACAGCGUUCAAUCUUACUCAACAUAAGAAAAUCCAUACCGGAGAGAAACCUUACAAAUGCAAUGAGAGUGGCAAAGCUUUUAUUCAAUUUGCAAAUCUUACAAGGCAUGAGAAAAUACAUACUAAAAAGAAACAUUAUAAACCUCAUAUAUGUGGCACUGCUUUUAUUCAGAGGUUAAGCUUUGGGGAUCAUCAGAGAAUUCAUAGCAGAAGGAAACCUUACAAAUAUAAUGAUUGAGACAAAACUUAUGCAAGUGUUCAAGCCUUACUCAACGUCAGAGACUCCAUCCUGGAGAGAAACCGUAUAAAAGUAAUGGAUGUGGGAAAGCCAGUACCCAGGGCUCUCACCUCACUUGAUAUCAGACUAUACAUCUUUGAGAGAACCCACACAAAUGUAACAUAUGGUAAGGUGUACCCAAAGUUUAAGCUUUGUGGAACAUAAUUCUUACUAGAGAGAAACCUUACAAAUGUAAUGAGUAUGAUCAGCUUUAUCAAAAAUGUACGAUUUUGUGGUCAUGAAGGAAUUCAUAUAAGAUGGAAACCGUACAAAGGUAUCAAGGCCUUUAAGCAAUGACCCCAUGAUACACCUAAGAAUUCAGACAGAAGUAUUCGGACGGAAAUAUUACCAACAUAAGGAAAGUGAUGAAUUGUUUAACCAAUUCUCUCAGUGGACUGCACGUAAGAAAAUUCAUGCUAGAGACAACUGAGUCUGUUACUUUUGAAGAUUAACCAACCUCAGAUGUUAAAUUCCACAGACAAUUAAAAGUUAAAAUUAUUUAAAACUCUUGUGUCCAUGGAGCAAGGACAUCUGUGGAAAGGUCUGAUUACCUUUAGUUUAUAAAAUAUUUUCAGUUUUUUGAGGUUUCUUGAAAGGCUACAUUAUUAUUGAUGACUUACAACCUUAAGUUUGAAACCUGUUGAUGUUAUACUUUCAUACAUGCUUUUCAUUUCUCACCAUGAUGGUUUCAGGGAAGGGAUCAGUAAGAUGAAAGGAGCUCCUUCAUUAGAUGGUAUUUAUUCAUAUCCAUGGAACCUGGAAAAACUAGGACACUAAUUUUAAGUACAACAUGGUGUAAAUUUGAGAGCAUGGAGAGUGGUAGAGAAUGUGUGUAAAACUGUUAUCUAAAUUAUCAUGCUUUCUCUGGUCACAGCCCCUUCUCUGGAUUUGUUGGUAUGACUCUGGGCCUCUGUUGAUGAUUGUAGGAAAGCAUGGCUCUACCAGAUGAUCAUGAAACAGAGAAGGCCAAGACAUUGAAAAUGACGUUUCCAUGUGAAUAGAAUGACGGUUUACUAAGGACGGCAUAUAUAGUAGAAAGAAUGGAGGAGGAACGGUGGUCUCCUCUUUUUAAACUUAAUUCUUGUGUAUCAUAAAUGAAUGAAAAUUAGUCUUAUUUUUGGAAACUGAACAGAGUUACAGAGGACGGUUUAAUCAAAAGAGCCAUAGUAUAGUAGAGAGUGCUUUUGAAGGAUGCAAAUUUGGCCACUGAAAGUGCAUUUUGAUACCAUUUUAUUUAGAAUGUAUCAUACUUAUGUCUCAAUAAGUAAAGUGUAAACUUUUUUUGGUAACCUUGAAUGAAUCGUGUGCCUUCUAUUAACCGAGGCAUAUUACACUUCAUUGGAGCACUUCAUAAUGAACACUAAUGAUGCAUCAUUUGGCUUUCUGGGUUGAAUGGGAUCUAUAGCAAUUACUUUCCUCUGUAGAUUAAAAAAACUUUCAAUUUUGGAAAUAUAUAGUCCUAAUUUGCAUUUGAGUUAUUCGCUCCAUACUGUAUCCCAGAUUAUUUCUGUCACUGUGAUGAUAAAACCAUAGUAGUAAUUUCAGACUCUCCCUCCCUAAAACCUGCCUCCCCCUUCAUGAAUAUGUACCAUGUGAUUAUAUUUCUACAUGUCUUUUUUGUUCUGAAAUAAGAACCAUGGAUUACACCUUUACAUGAAUUAAAAUUAAAAAUAAAAACAUAGUAAAGAUAUGAAAAAUAUUAGGAAAUAAAAUUCAGAAAUAAGGAUAAGAAUAAUGCAAUCUUUUUUGUGCUUGGAGUAUUUAGGGAAAUAAUUUGAAAAGAUCAGUGUUCAUGACUUUCUUCUUAAGAAUGAAAAUACACAAUGGAUUUUUUUGUGAUAGAUAAAUUAGAAAUUUCAUAUGUUCACCCUUCAACACGUUUUUUGUUAGUUUGCACUUGGGCUUACUCUGCUGGAACAGGACGGAACCCCACUCGAGUUUAGUUUGGAUGUCAAGACUGAUGACUCCAUAAACUAAAGUGUUUGAGAAUGUUUUUUUUUACAUAGUAAGGCUUUCUUAGGAGAGCAGGGUAGACUUCACAUGUUCCAAAAAUGGCUAGACAGAGCAGGGAAUGGUGACCGACUUGUGUUAUGGCAGAUACCACGGGGCUGGGGUGAUGGUACUCAUGUGGUGUGAACCUACAGCUUGUGCUAAGGGAAGGGGCACUCGGGCUUUAUUAUCAGCUUGUCCUGCCCAGGUAGGCAGAAUAGGAAGAGGGUGUAGUGAGGCUUAGGUAGUCAGACGUCAAAAAUGGAAUUAGACUCUUUAAUAUAAAACUGAAAUUUUACUCUUGAAACUUCUUACUGGUUGGCAAAAACUAAUGUUCCUCAUGCUAAUGACAUUCUACAUUGCUUUUCCUGAUGCAGACAUAGAUCUCAUUGAGCAAUAGGAGUCUUGAAAAUGUUUCUGAAUACUGUUUAGAUAAAUUGCCUAAGAUGUUUUUACACUUGCUUCAUGAAAAUGUGUGGAGGUGUUUAUCAGACAAUAAUAUGAUUCGGUAAUUUUUCAGAAGAGCCAUUUUUGAAAGGAUAUAAAAAUCUCUAUGAAGUUAUGGUAAUAAGCAUUAUAUUCCUUGACUUCUUGACCAUAGUAAAGUUCCAUUUUGUUAAUCAUAUUUUUAUUAUAAUUAGUUUUUGAAAUGCCUUUUAGCCCAGUUUAUAUAUUAUAUUGCAUUUCUUUUUACUUCUCUGCAAAACCUGGAGGAUACAUAAAUCAAGGGUUUGUUUUCAGAUUCGUGUGGCAUGAAAAUGUACAUAGAGCAAUGACAUGCAAAGUAUGUUUCAUAAACGUAAAGAAAGAGGGUCCUCACGUUUUAAGUUCAGUGAGAGUUGGAAUGUCUUAUAAUGUGGGAUCAAGAGAUGCGUUGCUAAUGUGUAAGUGUAUCACCGGGAUUUGGGAAGCAUGUUUUUACCUUAAAAUGUGUUUCUCCAGUUCUUCCCCUUCUUGGCAUUACCAUUGCCAUCAUCAUAGAAUAGGAACUGGAACUUGUCUCUCCAGUGCCUUGCAGGCUGUGGUUAGUAGAACUGUCUUCUGAAUUUAAUAUGGAGAUAUUAGACCAUGGUUCUUUUAUUGAGAUAUAAGUUACAUACAACAAAAUUCACACUUAAGUGUGCAAAACAGAGGGAUUUAGUAUACAGUCAUGCUCCACAGGAUGAUGUUUUGGUCCAUGACGGACCACACAUACGAUGGUGGUCCCAUAAGAUUAGUACCAUGUAGCCUAAGUGUGCAGUAGACUAUACCAUCUAGGUUUGUGUAAGUGCACUGUAUGAUGUUUACAGGAUGGAACUGCCUAGUGGCACAUUUCUUAGAAUGUAUCCCUAUCAUUAAGUAAUGCAUGACUGUAUUUACAAUGUUCCCCAACCACAGUAUUUUUAUUUUUUAUCACCGCCCCCCCAAAAUAACCCAUACCCUUUAGCAGUUAUUCCCUACUCCAGCCCCCCAACCCCCUGCCACAAGCACACAGUAAGCUCCUUUCGCUAUGGAUGGGGCUAUUCUAGACAUUUCAUAUAAAUUAAGUUAUACAAUAUAUGGCCUUAUUGCUCCCUUCUUUCAGUCAGCAUAGUGUUUUCAAGAGUUAUUAUGUUGGAACAUUUAUUAGUGCCUCAUAACUUUUUAUUGCUGAGUAAUAUUCCACAGCUUGUUUAUCUCCUCAUCAUUUGCUGGAGCUUUGGGUUCUUUCCACAUUUUGGCUAUUAUGGAAAGUGAUUCUGUGGACAAUGUUUUACAAAAUGUUUUUGGGGAUAUAUGCUGUCGCUUCUCUUGGGUAUAUAUGUAAAAGUGAAAUUGCUGGGUGUGAUAUUGUGAUUUAUGAGAAAUAUAUAUUUGGUCAUUCAGAUGAGUAAUGCAUGACUUCCACUCACAGCCUAUAUGGCACAACAGGCCUUUGGUAUGCUUUAUAUCCCACAUUUUAUAGUAAUUCAGAUACAUGAUGAAAAUGAGACUGUGAGGAAUCAGCAAACUUUUUUUGUAAAGGGGCAGAUGGUAAAUAUUUUGUUGCUGUUACAACUACUCUGCUUCCCCUUUACUGGAUCAACAGUACUUAAACAUGGGUGUGGCUGUAUUCCAAUUAAAGAUCAUAACAAAAAAGA